CAUCUCAAGUUGAUACCUUCGAUAAAACAGUCUGUAGCCAUGGCAGAAGAUGAAACAUCUUGGUAUAAACAACCUCACCUUAUUCGCCUCAAUCUUUCGCUGAUCUUCCUAUGUUUUUAUGCUGCCACUGUUGGCUACGAUGGAUCAAUGAUGAAUAGUUUACAAGCUUUUCCUAGUUGGAUGACCUUCAUGAACAAUCCUUCCUCCGCCUGGCUAGGAUUGAUCAACGCAAUAUAUUGGAUCGCUUUUCUUAUUGCCUGCCCGAUGGCAGCCUGGGCUUCUAACUUCUUUGGCCGGAAAAGGACAAUUUACUUCGCCUAUAUCCCGUUGAUUAUUGGCUUUGUGUUGGAAACCGCUGCCCAGAGUUCUACCGUCUUUAUCAUAGGUCGUGUCUUUCUCGGUAUUCCAUCAGCCAUCUGGGUAAAUGUCGUGCCGUUGAUUAUUACCGAGUGUGCUUAUCCAUCUCAUCGAAGCAUACUCACUUCAUUAUAUUUCUGUGGAUUCCAUGUGGGGGCUGCUAUAUCUGCGUGGUGCGCCUAUGGUACCCGAAGCUAUGGUACAUCGUGGACAUGGAGGACAGUGUGCAUGCUUCAGUUGCUUUGUCCAGUAUUGGCUCUACCUGGUAUUGUUUCAUGCUCCGAAAGUCCCCGUUGGCUGUUCAUUACUGGCCAGGGAGAAAAGGCUCGGCAGAUCCUCAUCAACACACAUGCAAACGGAGACAUUUCUUCGCCUGGGACCCAAGCUGAAAUUCUCGACAUCGAAACAACACUAGCACAAGAGCAAGAAUCUCCGGUGACUGCAGGUUAUCGUGGCUUGAUAUCUACACCGGGAAAUCGGCGCAGGCUGCUAAUCACCGUCACCCUAGGCAUUUUUUCGCAGUGGGUCGGAAACGGUGUUGUCACAUACUACCUCAGCAUGGUCCUCAAUACUAUUGGUAUUAGCUCCGUCAAAGAACAGACACUAAUAUCUGGGUGUCUGCAAAUAUGGAACAUCAUCCUUGCUGUUAUUGGAGCCAACCUGGUUGAUCGACUUGGUCGCCGUGUCCUAUUUCUCCUUUCGUUUGCUUUGAUGUUCACCAGCUAUAUCAUCAUCACAGCCUGCUCGGGAUCAUUUGCAAAUUCUGGGACAAAAGUUGUGGGCAUUACCGUCAUUCCAUUCCUGUUCCUUUUUUAUGCGGGGUAUGACAUUGCAAUUACACCGCUCCUGGUUGCUUAUCCAGUUGAGAUCUGGCCAUACCAGUGGCGUGGUCGCGGUUUGAGUAUGACUUGGAUGGCGUCCACGUUGGCCCUCAUCUUCAACACAUUUGUCAAUCCCAUUGCUUUGGAUAUCCUAGGCUGGAAAUAUUACUUCGUGUUUGUGGCUGUCCUGAUAUUGUACGGGAUCACUGUCUUUUUCCUUUAUCCCGAGACCAAGGGACAUACGUUAGAGCAGAUGGCUGUGGUAUUUGAUCGAUUGGAAGUGGAAGGGGCAAGUUUGAAUGAAAAAACUGUUCAUGGAACGAUUGAUGGGACAGCGAAAAGCGUUUGA